AUGAGCUCCACCUCCCUUCUCGCGAUAUUCUCCCUCCUGGACCGCGACGAUGCGCUCGCGACCUCUUCCAGCUCCAGACGCACCUACUCCCUUGCUAUAUCCCGCGUCUUCGCCAACGUGUACUGGCGCAGAGACACCGAAGUGGACGAGGAGGACGCCUCCGAAUCCCGCCGUCCGGCCUACCGCCCUCGAGCUCCACACGACUCCCACGAUUGCGACCCCGCUUCAUGUCUGGGACACGCUGUGUGGGUCGCCCCCGGGCUGCCCUUGCUCGGGAUCGUCGUCACGCGGGGCGAGUGCGACGUGCGCGAAUACAUGGUCCGUCACGUUCUUACCGCAUCUUCCCCUCGCUCCUUUGCCCCAUGA